AUGAACAGCAUCAAUCAUCCGAACACAAUAAUCACUGCUGAUGUCGGUGAUAACGUGACUCUGCACUGCUUUAGACUGCGAGAGGAAAAUACCGAUUCUAUUAUCUGGUACAAACAAAAGGUCGGACACAAGCCUUGUGUAAUAGUUGCAGUUCAACAUGAAACCUAUUACGAAAAUGAGUUCAAGCCACCAAAAUUCAGCAUCGAGAAAGAAAAAAGAAACGGCCAUUUAAAAAUUGUUAAUGUGGAACCCUCGGAUGAAGCCGUGUAUUACUGUGGAUAUAUAAAUUUCUUAACGAGGUUUACAAAUGGAACAUUUUUAUCAGUGAAAGGUAAACCAGAUUUAAGCGUCUCAGUGUUCCAGAGCAGCGUGUCAGACUCGGUUCCUGCAGGAGCGUCAGUGACUCUGCAGUGCUCGGUUCUCUCUGAGAGCAGAUCAGCAGAACUCCAAGUGCUCUGGUUCAGAGCUGCUCCACCACAAUCCCAUCCUCAAAUCAUUUACACUCAUCACAACAGCAGCCAUCAGUGUGAGAGCGGCUCUUCUACACACACCUGUGUGUACAACUUCUCCAAGAACAUCCUCAGCCUCAGUGAUACUGGAACUUAUUACUGCGCUGUGGCCGUGUGUGGGAAGAUCAUUUUUGGGAACGGGACACGAGUACAACUGGAGAGAUCUGUGGAUCCUGUAGUGAUCUGCCUCGCUGUAGCUUUGGGAGUGUGUGUGGUCGUGAUCUUUGCUCAAGCCAAAAGCUGUAAAGAAAGAAACUGUGGACAACGCAGCGUGAGACUCAAACGAGGUUCUGUGACAGACAAGACCUUCAGUCAGGACUGUGACAGUGUGGAGCUGAAUUACGCUGCCUUACAUUUCAAUGAGAGGAGAGCCAAAAGAGGAAGAGUGAAGAAACAACAACCUCAAGAUGUUAUAUAUUCUGAUGUGCGAGGUUUUUCUGUAACUUAAAUUUGAUCUCUAAUCUGAUUCAGUGUCAUUAGUUCUGUUAUCAGUUUUCAUUUGUACUGUAGAUGUGUUUUUAUUAAUGAUUGUUCAGGUUGAAUUUAAACUGAAAGCUGAAUUGUCUAGAAGUCUCAAAAUCGCUGGAACACUGAUACACUGGUUCUGUCAAGGAGUGACGUGAGAAAGCAGAUUAAUACAUUGUUAAGUGUGUGACAAAAUAAAAAAUCAGAAAAUUACCC